AUGGCGAUGGAGAUGAGAGCCCGGGAAUCUGUAGGCAUGUCGGAGGACCUGACACGGGCAAUCGCACCUUAUGCCACAGCCCUGCACGACGCUUUCCUCCACUCCCAUUGCUCCUCGUGUUUCAGGAAGUUGCCAUCGCAACCUCCAUGUGCCAUGUCUUGUAUGCUCUGCUGCUCCGUUCAGUACUGCUGCUCAGACUGCUUAAGCUCGGAUUGUGAAGUGCAUUCUUCUUCUGGUGAAUGUUGUUUCUUCGCCGAUCACCUCAAGAAAGCAUCUUCAUCCUACGUCACUGAAGGCACGAGCGAUGUCCGUGCUUCUCUUCGACUUCUUUAUUUUCUCGAGAUGCAUGGUCUUGUCUCGUCAGAUUCAAUCAACCGGUCCAGCAGAAUUGGUGGGCUUUCAACAAUUGGUAUUCGGGAAGUUCUGGAGGAAGGUGGGGAGGUUGCCGAGAGGAUACUGAAGGGAAGCAUGCUGAUGUCGUCUGCCAGAAAAAUGAGGACGCAAACAUCUGUUGUUUUCUCCAAUGGCCUGACAGUAGAGAUAGUGGCAUUAUGGGCAGUGAUGAUCAACAGCGUUGAGGUGCAGAUUAGUGACGAGUGGGAUCUGGGGAUUGCAGUUUAUGGACCUAGUUUCUCAUGGUUCAAUCAUAGUUGCUUUCCGAAUGCUUCUUAUAGUUUUGUGUUGGCUCCACCCAAUGAAGAUUAUGUUUCAGACAAAUCAGAAUACCGUGCAGUCCCUGCUAGCAAAGGGGUUGCUCCAGAUGCGUGGCAUGCUUGGCAAUUUGAAGAGGGUUCUACUCAUGCACUUGGCAAAUAUGGCCCAAGAGUUGUUGUCCGUUGCAUAAAGCCAAUCAACAAGGGGGAUGAAGUUUGCAUAACAUACAUUGAUCUUCUCCAGACCAGGGAAGCAAGGCAUUCAGAUCUUUGGUCAAAGUAUAAGUUUAUUUGUUCUUGUGAGCGCUGUACUGCAUCACCAGAAUCAUAUGUGGAUUUUAUUCUAAACUGUGACUUCAGGAACUUGAAUUCACCAGAGAAUGCUUUUAUAUCUCUAGCAAUUGAGGAUUUUGAUGAUAUCUUACAACAAGCAAUAUCGGAAUAUUCAUUGGGUGAUGAUCCCAAAGCCUGCUGUGCUAUGAUUGAAAGUUUGCUUUCUGAAAACUUGAUGGGUGAUCUGCAGCAAGUGGAACUUUCACAGAAAAGACAUAUACUACAUCCUCUUCAUCAUAUAUGUCUAAGAGCUUAUAUGACGCUUGCCUCUGCUUACCGCUUUCGUGCCCUAGAAUCCAGUACUGAUGGCUUUAAGGGAGAAAACAGUGCCGUUUCUUUCAAAAUGACCAAAGCUGCAGUAGCUUAUUCAUUUCUUCUUGCAGGAGCUACGCACCAUCUGUUCUUAUCUGAACGUUCCUUUAUGACCCCGCUGGCGCAUUUUUUGUUAAGCGCUGGACGGUCCAUGUUAGAUUUUGUUGAAUGUGUAAAGGGAGAGAGAAGGAAAAAUGUAUCCCAAGCUAAGUUUAGCUUUGCUUCAUGUUCAGCAAGUUCAGGAACACGUGAUUCCAUGCAGUACCAUCAAUUCAGAUCAACUUGUGAGGAAUUUGGCAAGCACAUGUUAUCGUUAUCAUUGCAGUGCUGGUCAUUUCUUGUGCAAAGCUCACCCUGCCUGGAAAAGAUAAAAAACCCUAUAGACUUCAGUUGGCUUGGGACAGCAAUAUUUCAGUCUCUCCAUCUUUCUGAGGUAGAUUCUGCCAACCUUUCUUGUACAGAUGGUCUAGAAAUUUUCACUGAAGAGCAGAAGGGGUGUAUUCUCAGCUUAGCUAUUUGCUGCAUCACCUUUUGCAAAUAUCUUGCAAAUAUAUGCUAUGGUCCACAACAUUAUUUGGCAAAUCAUGCUAAAGAUCUGCUUGAAGAUUUAUUGGAAAAGUCUCUGACAUGCUUUCGCGGCAGUGGUUUCACUUAA